UGGCCCACGAGCUGCUCCUGGGCGUGGGCUCGGGCAUGGGUUUGGGUAUGGGUCUGGGCCUUGGCCAAAUGGGCCAUGGCACUACAGGAACCCUGACGCCGCACGGAGUGGCCGUCACCGCCACCUCGCCCACCGCCCACUCGGCGCCGCUGGGAAACAUCUGCAACACGCUGCCGCAUGCACCGAGCUCCUCAAGUGGCGGCGGCCUGUCAUCCUCAUCCAUGGCCAGCAAUCUGCCGCUGAACCGGAACCUGGUGAUGCUGCGCAAUCAUCUGCGAAAGAAUACGGGUGGCAUUACGGGAAACGGCGGCCCAGGAUGCUCAUCCGGUGUGGGAGUGCAGCUGCUGCAGGAUCAGGACGACCGACUGGAGGAUCAAUAACCCAUUUACUACAUCAAGUUCUUAGUUUAGUCUCCCGUUGAGUUAAGUGUAUUUCAAUUGCUGUGAUUCGAUAGUGAAAACAAAAGGCCAACACGCGUCUUUCAGUUCAAAUGUAUAGUAUGUAUAGAGAGAGAUAGACAGACAGUUAGGGAAAGAGAGAGGGCGCUAUAAAGUGGCAGAUGUGUGUAGAGGGAGAUAGUAAGCAAAGAUAGUCAGAGUCAGUCAAUCCUUCCUCCGAUAAUGUUGGCAUUUACACAAAUAUUUAACACUUAUAUAUAAUAUAUAUAUAAAUACAGACUUUACAGACUUAUAUAUACAUACACAUCUGCAGCAAAAUGAGAAAUUUUUAUAUACUUAGUGACGUAACAAAGGUGUUUGAAAUGUUUUGACUAUUUUUAGUUAGCCUCAAGCUACAUAUGUAUUGAAUGAGACUUGUAUGAUUUGCCAUUUGUUUACUGUUUAAUUGCUUUGUGUAUGCAUAUUUCUCAACGUGAUAUUGUGAAACGUCCAACUUGAAUUGCAUUUUAUAUAUAGAUUCAUUUCCAACGUUUUAAUAUUACACUCACACACACACAUAGAAGUUGAUUCCUAUUUUAAGGCACUAAUCUGAGUGCAAGCAAUAGACCAAUUCAAUUUUAACAACCAAGGAAAACAAAAUAUUUACACACAAGAGGAUACAAACAUAGGAAGAACAGAACACCAACUGCCAUUCGAAACUAAUUUUAAUUUGUUAAACUCGUACAUAUAAGGACAGUGUAAAGGGAACGAAUGCAUUGUGCAAAUCCGUCAGAAACUUGUAAAAAUGAAUGCCGAAAAUUGCCAAAUCGCGCAAAAAAGUAAUGUACGCUAAGCAAUAUUUUCCAAUCGUAGCGAGUCGGGUCCGGAUCACGUGUACAUAAAUAGGAUUGCGAUCCAGUUAAGAUUUAUUAUGCCACUUAUAGAAGAUAUCAAAACGUAUCCACUAUGAGCGAUUUAGCGAUAAUCAAAAGCAGACAAUGAAAUUAGUCAGGCAGCGCAAAUGUUUUUAAUCAGUUUCCAGCAAUUAGUUAAAUAAAUGAACGAGUAUUUAUCACGGCACAACAACUACGAAUAACAUAUUAAAGUUUAAACUGAUUAAAAUACUUAUUAAAGAAUAGCAUAACCUAGCGUAGAGCAUAUGAUUCUAAUAUAGCAAUUGAAUAAAUGUAAAUGAGUUUAUUUAAAGAACGCUUUGACUUCUACUCAGAACGUAAUUAAACCUGAACAUAUUUUGUGAACAUAAGAUAUAUCGAUAUUCGUAUUGUAAUUCAAUUAACACUAAUCGCAAAUAAAUUAAAUCAAAUUUAAAUAACAAACAAAUCGCACGUGUUACAGCCAGACGAAGAGAAGGUUAAAGACAGAGUAUAUUACACGAGUAUGUGGAAUACUGAAUUAUAGGCAUUUUUUUAAAUUUAACUAUCCCAAAUUACAUUUAAGUGUUUCAACUGUAAAUUGUAUCAAAGUCAACAAAAGAAUAUUUAUAUAUUUAAAACGACGAAAUGAGAAGCGAACACAAAACGAACACACCACACAGCAUGUGCUGCUAGCAUUUUCUAAUUAUCACUGUAAAAUGAUGUAAUUUAAAGACAGAAUAUAUAAGCAAUAUUAAAGUUUAACCUAACAAGGAGCCACAAAAUUGAUCAUUAAGUCAACACAUUACAAUUGCAAAACAAAAAAAAAAAACAGUAAAAUUCCAAUACACAAAGUAAAACGAGAGGGCAAACUAAAGUAAUCAGAGUUCAGUAAAUUUUAGAAGAAAUUUUCAACAAAACCAAAACAAAGUGGAAGGCGAUGAUUCAUGUUUGUGCAUAAAUCAAAGUAAAAUUCUUUAAAUAAAAGUGAACAUAUCUAAAAAGUAAA